AUGGUUUUGGCUACAGCAAAACAAACAUGGAUGUCGGCUUCGACCAAUCAAUCCCAAGAGAGAGCUUUGCAUACCAUAAUCGACGAGGAUAAUGCAAUCAGCUUGACUGGGCAUUCUUCCUCAUUGAAGAAGAAAGAACCGAGCGCUUCGCCUGUCAUCAGAAAGGAACGGCAGGUCUCUGAAAAUCGGCAAUCAGGCAACCCCCAAGUGAACAAGGAGACACUGAGCAGACGGCAGGUCCCUGCAGAUCGGCAAUCAGGCAACUUCCAAGCAAAGGAGGGGCAUUAUGUGGACAAACCAAUGCGCCAUAGUCAAUGGUCAAUCAACCCACACCCCGCAAAUAGUGCUGGGUUGUUCAAAUGUACCCGAGCUGAGGUUGCAAAGAGUGCACAGGCCAAGCACUCUGCAAAGGCCAGCGUUGUGCAAGCUAAGUCCCAGUCUACAGAGGCAGCAAAGAAGUCUGAGGCCGAAGGGAUAAAGAAGUUGGCUCAGCUUGAGGAUCAGAGACAUCAAGAGGAUUGCGCUGAAGAAGCUUAUCUCAAUGCUUCAGUAGACGAGAGAGACAGGAACGAAGACAUACUGGCGACAGAUGGAUUGGUUGAAGCUAAUAACUUGACAGCUAUAGAUGUUGAUGGUAGUAUUCAUGACAGGAAGAUCUCAUACCAGAGGCACAUUCACAAAGAUGAAGAGGACAGUGGCAUCGUCAGCGACGAUAUGGAUGUGAUGGAUGGCUCGACCAAGUCACCUGCCAGUUCAAAAAAGCUUAUCUUCUUCCCACUCAUCAGCACCGUACUCAAGCAGAAAAGCGCAAGGCAAGGGCAGCAGAGGACUGUGGAAUUGUCCAAUUUGUCCGCACCAGCAAGAAAGAAGAGUAAGGGAGCACAACAUUCUGCUCUCGAGGCAGACUGGCGCGAGAAGCUCGCCGAACUUGUCACGAAUGGCUGUUCGAGACGAGGAGAUCCUAAGCCACAAACAAUACCAAAAGAGAUUAAGAGGGGUCAAGGGACUGAUCAGACUAAUGCCUUAGAAUCAGAGGAGACUGUUAUCUAUAAAUAUGUACAAACAGGAGCAUGGACCAAGUAUCAAUGGAGCGGGAAUGUGAGGUGUGGUCAGGAGAAAGGUCCUACGAGUCCUUAUCAAGAAGGUGAGAAAAUUAUGCCGUCAGUGCCAGAGACGAGCCGAGUCCCUCAUCUCAUCAUGGAAGUGGGUACCGGCCCAACGGAUUCGAACCGUCGUUUGCCCCAGCAGUUUUACGUCGUCCCAGACGUCAGCAUCUCGUUCUUCAAGCACCUCGAGGGUGGAGGACGACAGGUUGGGUGUUGGACUCACUGGAGUCAUAUUCGACAAAAGGGAGGGGAGGUUGAGUUCGGGUAG